CAGUGUAGUGCAGUGACAACGGGGAUCCCGUGCGCUGAAUGUGCCGUCCACAAUCGGGAGUGCGUCAUCGACGAAUAUGCCGACAAACGACGCAAGGUGGCCGCCAAGCGGACUGAAGAGGCGCUCGUUUACUAUCAGGGCUUUCUAAGUCAACUGCUGCACUUCAUCCGAUAUAUUGACGGUCCUACUCUCACCGAAACUAUGGACUUCAUUCGGUCGGGCAUUUCCGAUUCUGAAGUUCUGGCUACCGUUUCGCGGUUCGGACCUAGAAACGAGCUCAAUGUUACCGACGGAGUGGACGAAGGAGACGAAGUGGACGGUGUUGAUGGCGUCGAGGAUACGGAUGGUGUGGACGCCGACGGUGUGGACGACGUAGAGCUUGGCGCGACUGAGACAACAGAGACGACAGAAAAUACCCCGUCUACCAAAGGCAACAAACCGGAUGGGGCGAACCCCAUGGGACACGAUCUCAUUCUCAACCGAUGA